AUGCCCAGUGACAUGUUCUAUCAGGUUGACGUUGCCAGAUUUAUCUUCUGCGUCGACACAAAACGGGCAUUCCGUAAUCACAUCAUCCCUGGGCAGCGUUUGGUAGCAUGCGGCGACAAGGUCAUCCAAUUCCUCAUAGUCAACCUCUUCAAAGUGACACUCCUGCAUAUGGGACCUAAACGCGAUUUCCUCAUGAAAUAUCAGGCUUUUACCAUGGCUGUUGUCCAUACAUGUCCAACAACCAAUGCCAUGUUGGGUCUUCAUAUGAUUGACCCAAUCUUCUUCGGACUCGUAGAGUUUAGUCGGCGUCAGACACGGUUCCAAUAUACAGACAAAUGGCAUAAGAUCUUCAAGAAUGUGCUCUCUUCUAUGUAUCAGCACUUCAGCAACUUACUAUUCUGUCGAAGUACUCACUUCCAUCGUUUGCCACUAAACUCCAUUGGCGGAUGGAGUGAGAAGCAGUAUGGACACCAAGACUCUAUAAAGUGGGAUGCUGUAUUUGGCGGAGGGGGAAGUUUGUCAACAAUACGUGAGCUUUUAUCGUCGUCGUUACCGCUCGCCGGUUUGAGUGAAUGUACAUGUUUCCCUCGUUCAGGUUCUGUACUGGUCGUCGCCAUGCUAGGGAUAUCCGAUUCUGAACCCCUGGGCGACUUCGUAGCUGGUAUUGUCCUUGAGCUCGAGGACCGUGGUGCUUUAAGGCUAGCCAUAUCUGAUCUGGACCCCGGUACCGUGGAAGCCAAGUAG